AGACAAGGUCUGAACAUGCUCAGAACAUGGGUUGCGAGAAGCAUUUUCUGGCGACCCUGGAGGGCUUACGUCAAAGUGACCGCGGCAGAGUGACUGAGGAAGUGGGAAGUUAUGACAAUGUAGCAACUGUUGUUGCUGCUUGCAGAAGCUGUGCGCAUUUCAUGAGCAGCCUGUACUGCUUCUUCCCCUGGAUUACCUUCUUGAGCAGCUGCUUGAGGUGGUUCUCCAAUUGAUGCUAGCGCAGGCAGCGGGGGCAUGGCAGGAACUAGCGUUUGUUGCUCAUUGUCCGAUUCCUCUUCCUUCAAGCUGCACAAUGCCAGCCAUGGGUCUUACUCAAACUGUUGCAUGCAGAGCAGCUUCUCUGGGACUGCAUUGACCCCACCCAAGCUGCAUGCGCAGAGAAACCUGCCGCCGCCGAUGGUCUCCCCCUCAUGCAGCUCUAAUCUUUCACCUAAACCUCCAAAACCCUGUACAAAACCUCUGACGCAUCAUCCUAGUCAGCACUCCACCCGCCCCGCCUCCUUCCAGGCCAAGGGGGUGAGGAAGAAACCCCACACCAAGACAAUGGCCAAGACUAACCGCGACGUAGAGAUCCCCACUGCACCCGUCAGCACGGACCCGGGGAGCAAAUACAGGGCCCCUGAGGAGGGCCCUGAAGAAACUAGAGAAGGGGGGAGCUUCACUAUGGAGGAGGCGAUUGACGCCCUUGGGUUCGGGCGCUUUCAGGCCCUGUUGCUGGGGUAUACGGGGAUGGCGUGGGUGGCAGAGGCUAUGGAGAUGAUGCUGCUCAGCUUUGUGGGGCCUGCUGUGCGCACGGAGUGGGGCUUACAGGGGUGGCAGGAGGGCGCCAUUUCCAGCGUAGUGUUCAUCGGUAUGAUGAUCGGCGCCUACUCGUGGGGCGUCUUCUCCGACCAGCGCGGCCGCCGCUUCGGCUUCUUCGCGACAGCUGUCCUCACGUUAUUCGCCGGGCUUGCCAGCGCGGUGUCGCCAAACUACGGCGUCCUCCUGGCGACGCGCUUCCUGGUUGGAGUCGGGCUGGGCGGCGGCCCCACGGUUUUCAGUCUCUUUACGGAGUUCUUGCCCACAAGCGACCGCGGCUUCUGGCUGGUGGGCAUCAACAUGUUCUGGACGCUCGGCUCGGUCGCCGAGGCCAGCCUGGCGUGGGCGGUGCUCCCGUCGCUGGGCUGGCGCUGGCUCCUGGCGCUCUCCGCAGUGCCGCUCGGGGUGCUGCUCCUGGCGUACCCGCUGCUGCCGGAGAGCCCCCGGUUCCUGCUCGGGGUGAAGGGAGACGGCAAGGAAGCGCGCAAAGUGCUAGAAAGGGUGGCUAAAAGCAACGGCCGGUCGCUGCCCCCCGGCGAGCUGGUUCUCCGGGGGCCGGAGGAGAAGCCGCUGCGUAGAGAUGACGAGGAGGCCGGACAUCAGCUGACAGCGGCAGCGGACGUCCAAACGUCGCGUCACACAGACGGGGGGGUCCAUUCCGCAGGCAAUUGGGGCCCCCUGGAGAGCUUGCGGGCAGUGGUGGCCCCUCUCUUCUCGCCCUCGCUCCGCAGCACCACGCUGGUCCUGUGGUCCGUGUUCUUCGCAAACGCCUUCACCUACUACGGCCUCGUCCUGCUGACGUCACAGCUGGCGGCUGGGGGCGAGUGCGGGGGCGGCGCCGCGGCCGCGGCCGCGGCCGGGGCCGACGGGUCCGACAAAGUAUACCGGGAAGUGUUCGUGACCAGCCUGGCGGAGUUUCCGGGCCUGCUCGUGGCUGCGUUCGCUCUAGAUAAGAUCGGGAGGAAGCUCUCGAUGCAGAGCCUGUUCACACUGACCGGCCUCUUCCUGCUGCCCCUGGUGUUCAAGCACUCCGACGCGGGCAUCACCGCGGUGCUGCUCUUCGGAGCCCGGGCGUCCAUCAUGGGCGCAUUCACAUCGCUCUUCAUUUACGCCCCCGAGUUCUACCCGACCAGCGUGCGGUCCACCGGGCUGGGGCUCGCUAGUUCCUUCAGCCGUCUAGGGGGAAUGUUUUGCCCAUUGGUCGCGGUCGAUCUCGUAGCCAACUGUCACAUUGAUCUCGCCGUGUCGUUAUUCUCCGUGGUGCCGCUUGGAGCUGCCUUUGCGGUAUCACGCUUGACCGUAGAAACGACUGGCCGCGCAUUGUCAGACGAAGUGCACGUUGAUUCUUAGCAGGCUCUUUACUUUUUUGCGUAUCAUGGAUGCAAUGUCAAGAAACGGAAGCCAUAAAUCAAAACAAUUUUGCGGUUGCGGGAAUACGUAUGGCUCACCGUCAUGGCAGAAACGGUUCUUGAAAGAACAGUAGCCAGGCAACACGACACAUGUUGGCGGUUGCUUCUGAAUCAAUCGAGUCCUUGAAGCCUAGAUCACCCUCGUACCCUGAAUCACAGUAGCACGGAGGUGCUAAAGUACGAAGUACUACAGCGUGAG